UGAGGACUCUGUCCUAGGGAGGUGGGGCUAGAAAGAGUUUUGAUGCAUAGAAACGCUCAGUCCUGGCUCUCUCCCUGAGCCUUUUCCCCCUUUGCAAUGAAGGCUGACUCAGUGGUACCUUCCUCCCCAACUCCAGCCCACUGUGCUGGCUUAGUCCCCAUGGGGGUGGGACUCCUGGUCCUGCCUAGGGUACCUUCCCUAAGAAGGGCAUAGGCCUUCCAAUAAGCCCUCUAGGCCCCUCCUGACCCUUGACCCUGGAGGCUAAAGAGCUGUAUGCCAAGGGGCACUUGCUGGGGAGAUACCAGGAUAGGUUUGAGGGGGCAGUCGGAACACAGAAUAGAAAGCUGUACCCCAGGAGCAGGAACAGGCAGACUACUUCAUGAAACAGGGCUGAGCAUGGGGCUCUUGACAUGUAGAACUUCUGAUACAGCUGCCCCCAGCAACCUCUAACCAGAGUCUAGUCAAGGUUAUCAGCUAUAGGAAACAGGAAGGAAGCUGUGCACAUCCCUGUAAGGGAAGAGUUGGGCCUUUUUCCCAGAAAGGAGCAGUAUUCUUUCUAGACCUGGGAUGGUUUGCUUGGCUUUGCAAGUUAGGGCUGGAGUUCAGGAAACUGGGCACCAUCCCAAACCGGUCUGCUCCUGCCUCAGAUAUUGCAUUGCUGGUGGCCUCAUGACUUCACAUAUUUCUCAAGUGCCCCAAGCCCUGGGGACACAAAAUGGCCAAGUGUUUGCUCGUCCUGGGAGCCUAAAGUCUAGGCUCAGCUGUCUACUUGACAGGAAGGCAAAGAUGCUCUAACUUCUUGGCUUCCCAGUAUGCCAUAUCCUCCUCUCUAGCAGUCCCAGGACACCCCAAGUGAGCUAUAGCAGGACUGCUGUGUGAUUCCUGGAGCAAAGUUAGGAGAAGCCUUGUCUGCUGGCAAAUUUUGGAGGAAUGAGAGCUGCAACAAUAAGGGUAGACGGCUGCUCUUGAGGCCACAGCUGGCCCAGAGGAGGCUCUGUGUAGCUGUGCUUUGUGGGGGCAGGAAAAUAAACUGGAUGAAAAGUGAACCACCAGGGGCUAUGGAAGAAGGAAAUUCUGGAGACUAUCCUAGUCAUAAGAAUAGAGCUCACAGAAACACCUUGGUCUUGUGGGGCCCAGCCUUGACCUCACUGCUCUAGCCCCAGGAAUACUUUUUCCUUUUUGUCUUGUGUUUCCUAACAGAAAGUGAUGGUCUCACUCUGUUAGGUUGGGUUCACAUGGCCACAGCCUAGCCCUCUGGAUCUCUGCCUUGUUGCCUUGUGGGUCUGAAUGGGCUGAGCAUGGACCAUGCAGCCAUUAAUUAGCUUUUGCGCCAAUCUGAGAACACGGAGCUCUAGUAUUGACAUACAUUUUAGUUUCACGAAAGUUUUAAAAGCUCCAGUUACAUUAGAAAAUUUUAGGUAGAGCAAUACUCUGUGUGUGUGUGUGUGUGUGAGAGAGAGAGAGAGAGAGAGAGAGAGAGAGAGAGAGAGAGAGAUAUCUUGGUUGGGGGAUGCUUGCAGAGACCAGAGGGCAACUUGCAGGAGUUGGUUCUCCUUCCACCUUUAAUUAUGCCGUCUUCGAAUAGCCAUUUGUUUGAGCUCUAUGAUGUUAGACUCCCUUGGUUCUAAAAGUCUCCCUACCCCCUAUCUGGGUGACCCUAGGUCUUGUAAGAAGCAUUACAUAGCCCUCAGGGCAGAUUACAGGUUAGACUCUUUCCUGAUAAAGAAACUGGUCCAACAAGCAUCUGGGAAUUCCUAGAAAUAUGUCACCCUGCUAAGAAUCUUAGUCUUCAGCAGUGACCUUCGAUUGUACUUAGAGAUUUUCCCCUCACCCCUAAGAUAUUUAGGUACUUAUAUUCUCCUUGUGAUAGAAUCAUGCUUCUGCAUGGAAAAUGAGGCACUGUACUACACUAUGCAAAUCAAAUAUACUUGACCUCCUGACCCCAUUGAAUCAAACACUGCCCAAAGAUUUAUAAAUCCCUGAUUUCAAAUAAACGUGCUAAUGGCUGAGGUUUCAUGCUGUGUGAUACCAUCAGCCUUCUACCAUGGCCAUCUGAGAUUUAUCCCUGGCCAGGCCUCAUCUCACCAGGCCUGCCCUCCAGCCCACUGGGCCUGGGCAUCAGCCAGGCCUGUGUCUUGGCUGCAGCUUACCAGGCAUGGGCUUUUGCCAGCACCUCUGCUGUGCUCAGUACAGGAGUUUAACCAAGAGCUGUAACACUUUUAUAUUGCCAUAGGCUUUGGAACGCCCAAGUUUCCACUGCCACUGGUGAUCUAAAAGAACUAAACUGAUACACUCUGUGGAAAACCUCUCCACACUCUGACCUAGCACACUUGGGCCUUGCCCUAAAGCACUCUAGCUGACCCUGAAAGAAACAAACCCCUGUUCUCUGUCCUGAAACCAGUUCCAGGACCCCAGUGAAUGGAAAACAACAUACCUUCAUCUGUUGAGCUAUUUUAGUGGCCCAUGCAUAUCUUUUUUACACACACACACACACACACACACACACACACACACACACACAUAUAUAUAUAUAUAUAUAUCUUGCUGCACAAUCAUGCAGGCAUGAGUUUGGAGUUCCAAAAUUAAUGUAAAAAUCCUGGCAUACCUAUCCCCCCUUGCUGCACAUGCAUACUAAAGGGGAGGAGGAGCAGAGACAAGAGGACUAUGAAGCUCAAUGCAUUCUAGCAUGGUUCCAGGUUCAGUGAGAACCCCAUCUCAGUGAAAUGGGCAAAGAGGACCUUCAGUGUCCUCUUGCUUUGCAUGCUUGCACACCGGCAUACACACGUGUAUAUAUACAAUACAUAUACAUAUUCAUACAAAUGUCUCAUAAUUUGUAUGUCACCUUUGAAUUCUAAUAGGUAAUUUAUAACAUCUAAGAAGAAGACAACUUUAAAAAUCUGUACAGGCCAAUAUGUAACUGACUAUCUUGCCUGGGACCACAGGUUUAAAGGAUUAGACCUGCAGGUGACUUGUUCUGUCUUGCCUGGACAUAAGAGAACUAUGCCCCUUCUCGAGGCAGGAACAAGCAGGACCUGCCCUUCCUGUCCAUCCAGAUGCUGUAUGGACAGAUAGCUCCCUGCCUAUGAAGAGGUCUUACAGCCUGCUUAGGGGCCUCCUGCCACUCUGGACAGUAUCCUGGGAAAGAGUUCUGGGGUGGGGGCAAUGAGCAGAGGUCAGCACUCAGGAGUCUUCCCAGAGAGUGAAAAUAGACCAGAGGGAAGAGGUGGCUUUCUCUGACUGCCCCUGUUGGAAGGAAAGAUGAAGGUAACUGAGGAGCACAAAGAGGAUAGCAGGCAGACAGAAGGAAGAAAGAGUAGCACAGGGAGGGGUCUGGACAGGGAGGAGGCACAGGGCAUAAGGAGGGAAGGCAGGAGGGCCCUGCUUCUAGGGAGACAGGGGUUGUGGGGUGGGCUGGCCUCCACCCUGAGCUGUCAUCUUCUCCAAGCCUUGUGUGGGCAUCUAUGUUGUCGCCUGACCUCUCCCCAAUCCUGGUCUUGUAGGAAGCCCUGGUCAGUUUCAGGACACCACACAGGAGUGGGAUCCUGUGUUUGCUGGGCACUGUUCCACCAAUCACAUCAAAGGUGGGAGGAGCUAUCCAGCCUCCAGUUCAGGACAACCUUGAGUCAAAUAAGUAUAACAGCCUCCUAGACCUGGCAAAGAGCACUGCUUAGGGCCCAGUGUCACCAUGAGGCUUAUCUCUUGAGGCCAAGUCCCCUUUGGGAAGUUUGAGUAGGCCUAGAAAGGCCUGGUCCAUCAAGGGCCCUGCUUGGGCUGGGCCUGUAAGGCCUGGUCUGUCCUUUCCCUGUUCUGCAGAAAUGACAGUGCAGGGAACAGGCUAGGAUGACUCUGAACCCCUUUAGGAAGUCAGACAGGAACCACCUACACAAAGUUUGCACAGCUUUUCUCUUGAGUCAGCAGCCUGUGAUCAGGAAGAGCAUGGCACCUAUCCCUCACAGCCCCUAGUGCUGGGCUCUUACCCAGGAUCCUGCUCAUAUAGCACCUUGCAAUUCCAGGCUUUACUCCAUUAGGGACCCACUCCCAUAGAGCCGCAUUCCCACUGGACCUUCUUCCCAUGGGGCUCUACUCCUUAUAGGGUCCUGAUCUUAGAGAAUGAGACUCCCAAAGGUCCCAUACCCACUGUGCCUGCACUCUUAAGAGUCCCACUCCUACACUGGCCUUCCCCCAGCUCCUCCCCUCUGCAUGAAAGGUCACUUUGAAACACCCCCAUAUUUCUUACCUGGCCUUGAUGUUCCUGAGGCCCCUCUCUCUCCCUCAUGGAUAAGAAGCUGUGCAGACAAGGGAUAGUAGUGAUCCCUGCCUAGAACAGCUUGUUCUUUGCAUGAAAGACAAAGAAGGUGGAAGUGGGCAGAUUUCUGACCCACUUGUGGGUCACUUAGAACAGGUAUUUGGAGUCACAAGAUAGUACCAGCUGUACCCAUAAGGCUUCUCUUCCUUGGCUGGGAUCCAAGAGACCCUGGCAGGUUGUUUAUGGUCUAAGGAGGAUCAGCCCUGCCCUCCUUCCACACCCACAUGUUCUGCUGCACUCCUCAGGGAGGUAUGUUGGCCAGGUGGACUGUGAAGAAACAGGUUUCUGAACAAGCUUCAACAGUAGCCACUACUGUCAGGCUUUGUCCCUCUGGAGCCCCAAUGGCUGCUGGGAUGGGUCCUUGUUGGGCUCUGUGGCUGAUGUUCACCCUACCCCAAAUCCCGGAGGGUCAGACUCCAACCAUGCCUCGAGGCUUUCCUCAGAUGACGAGCUUCCAAAGCAACCAGUUUCAGGGGGAGUGGUUUGUUCUCGGUUUGGCGGGCAACUCCUACAAGAGAGAGGACCGGGCCUUGCUGAAUCCCUUCAUCACAUUGUUCGAGCUAAAAAACAACAAUCAGUUUAAGGUGACCAACUCCAUGACUCGGGGCAAGCACUGCAACACUUGGUCCUAUACCCUGAUCCCAACAACCAAGCCUGGGAAGUUCAUCAUGGGCAAUAGAGGGUCAGGGCCUGAGGCAGACAGAGAAGAAAUGCAUGUCAUAGAGACAGACUAUAGCAAGUUCGCCCUGGUGCUGUCCCUCAGACAGACAAGCAGCCAGACCAUCACCAGGGUCAGCCUUCUGGGCAGAAACUGGAGGCUUCCUCAUAAGACAAUAGACAGGUUCAUCUGUCUGACAAGAACAAAAAACCUCACAGAGAAUAACUUCGUCUUCCCUGAUGUAACUGACUGGUUACCUGAUCCAAAACUCUGCUGAAGAAUGACACGGUUCCUGCCAGUAGAGCCUCAUGCUGCCUCUGCUUUCAACACAAAUAAACUCACUGCCUAUGACU